AGUGAGCGGCGCGCGGGGCCGCGGCAUGGGGCGGGUGCAGCUCUUCGAGAUCUGCCUGAGCCACGGCCGAGCCGUCUACGGCCCGGGGGAACCGCUGACCGGGACCGUGCGGGUGCGCUUGGCGGCGCCGCUGCCCUUCCGAGCCAUCCGGGUGACCUGCACAGGCUCCUGUGGAGUCUCCGGCAAGGCCAACGAUGCUGCCUGGGUGGUGGAGGAGGGCUACUUCCACAGCUCUCUGUCUCUGGCCGACAAGGGGAGCCUGCCCACUGGAGAGCACAGCUUCCCCUUUCAGUUCCUGCUUCCUGCCACAGCACCCACGUCCUUUGAAGGUCCUUUUGGAAAGAUUGUGCAUCAGUUGAGGGCCACCAUUGAGACGCCUCGCUUUUCCAAGGAUCACAAGUGCAGCCGUGUGUUCUAUAUCCUGAGCCCCCUGAACCUGAACAGCAUCCCAGACAUCGAGCAACCCAAUGUGGCCUCCACCACCAAGAAAUUCUCCUACAAGCUGGUGAAGACGGGCAGCCUGGUGCUCACGGCUAGCACGGACCUCCGUGGCUACGUGGUGGGGCAGGUGCUGCGGCUACAGGCUGACAUUGAGAACCAGUCGGGCAAGGACACCAGCCCCGUGGUGGCUAGUCUGCUGCAGAAAGUGUCCUAUAAGGCCAAGCGCUGGAUCUACGACGUGCGGACCAUCGCGGAGGUGGAGGGUGUGGGCGUGAAGGCCUGGAGGCGGGCGCAGUGGCAAGAGCAGAUCCUGGUGCCUGCCUUGCCCCAGUCGGCCCUGCCAGGCUGCAGCCUCAUCCACAUCGACUACUACCUGCAGGUUUCCCUGAAGGCACCUGAAGCCACAGUGACCCUCCCAGUCUUCAUCGGCAAUAUUGCUGUGAACCACGCCAUGCUGAGCCCCCAGCCAGGCCUAGGGCUGUGUCCCGGGGCCUCAUCCCCAGUGGUACCCUCUGCACCACCCCAGGAGGAAGCUGAGGCCCUGGCUGGCAGUCCCCAUUUCUUAGACCCAGUCUGCCUCUCCACACAGAGCCACUCGCAGCAGGGGCCAACUCAAGCCACCUUAGGCUCUGUACCUGGUGUCCCCGAGCCCGGUGCUCAAGAUGGCAGCCCUGGCCCCCAUGCCCCACCCCCGGCCUUGUGCAUCUCCACAGGUGCCACUGUCCCCUAUUUCGCAGAGGGCUCUGGGGGGCCAGUGCCUACCACCAGCACCUUGAUCCUCCCCCCGGAGUACAGCUCAUGGGGCUACCCCUAUGAGGCCCCGCCAUCCUAUGAGCAGAGCUGUGGUGGUGCUGACUCCGGUGUGACCCCUGGGAGCUGACCUCCAUGCUGCCUUCUCCUGGCCUCCUGGUCUCUGCCCUGGGACGGGGAGCCCAGGGCCUUGUGCCUUUGCCCUCUGCCUGGCCCUUCUUCCCCUGAGGACCAGUCUCCCUCACCGACAGAGCCCACCCGCUGCUUUCCUGUGUCUCAGGCACAGGGACCUGGGACCCUGAGGGACUGGCAAUAAAGUGCUUUACUGUA